UCAUUGGUAUUAUUCAGCUGCAACUAACGACUGACAUUGAGAAUGCAUCGUACAUUUUAAAAGGUGCAACCCAAGUGCAACUGGUUCGUUCGUUCGUUCGUUGCGUUUGUGAAUUUGCCGCGUUCUCGACAAUUUAAAAAGCUCCCAGGAACAACAACUGUGUUGUGUAACUGUCCAGCGGAGCCGCUUUGCGUUUAUUUCUCGUUCGUUAUUGCCGGAGACUUCUUAAAAACCAAGAAUGACCAGUUUAAAAGAAUAUAUAAAUGUGUUAACAACGGUGCUUCAGUGAGCUCUGAUGAUAUUCCACCGUCCACCAACAGUUUAUUUUUCCGGUAAAAUGUACUAUCGAUAAGUUAAGAUUUAUUAAGUUAUCAUUAAUCCAUUCUGCGUACAUUAAUUUAGUCUAAAUUUAACGAUUUAUUAAUGGUAGUGUUAACUGCUAAAUGUCGACGAAGAUUACAUAACGGAUGUGACCUUCGGCAAUGAUUCAGUAAAUCUACUAGUACAAGAUAAUAUUAGAGUACAUUAACUUAUUCACAUUAGACGAAGACGAUUUUAAACUUUAAAUUUAAUCCAAAUGUUUGUGCGUAAAAAUAAAAGGCAGAUUUAAACGAGUUAGCAAAAUCGUCAUCCAAUUCAGAUGGCAUCCAUAACUCCGAGAGUAGGAAGUAAAGUCGAUUGGACUAAGUUCACGAAAGAAAAUUUUAUAUCUGCGAUAAAAGAAUCAAGAUCGAAGGAAGGUGAGCGAGUGGAAGAUUUUAAGUUCAACAAAAACAGGAUCAGAAUUUUAAGCGAUUGCAAAGAAGUUAAAGAAAGUAGCGAUGGAAUCCUGUAUUGGAUGUGCCGGGACUGUCGUGUCCAGGACAACUGGGCCAUGCUAUUCGCCCAAAGGCUCGCAAGGAAAAACAAAAUUCCACUGUUUGUCUGCUACUUUACCAAGAAUGGGUCUGAACUUGUUCCUACCAGAAGGCACAACAAUUUUUUGAUAAAUGGUCUCAAAGAAGUUGCCGAGGAAUGCUCCCGGUUAAAUAUAAAAUUCCAUUUAAUCAACGGUGAUCCUUGCAAGUCCUUGGUGGACAUUGUAAUAAGAAACAAUAUCGGAAGCGUCAUAUGUGAACUAAAUCCACUAAGAAAACCCAAGAAAUGGCAGCAAACAGUAAAAGGAAUGUUACCAAACGACGUGUCGCUUGUACAGGUUGAUGCGCACAAUAUUGUCCCAGUUUGGAUAACGUCUUCGAAACAGGAGCUAGCAGCUAGAACAAUCCGUCCAAAAAUCAACAGAAACUUGGAAGAAUAUUUAACAGGCUUUCCGAUGGUAUCAAAACACGAAUACGCGGGCGAAUUAAACUUAAACAAUAUGGAGUAUUCGUUUGAAGAUGCUAUCAAAUCGUUUGAGUCAGAAAAGGAUGUGGAUUUGCCUGAGAUAAAAUGGGCCAAACCAUCAGGGACAACUGCAGGCAUUGAAAUGCUACAUUUGUUUUUAACAACACGACUAAAAAAUUAUGCCACGACUAGUGGAGAUCCUUCGAAAGAUAAUUUAUCGAGAAUGUCGUCGUGGGUGAAUUUUGGUCAAUUAUCGGCACAAAGGAUUGCACUGGAAGUUGAGAACUUCAAAAACAGUUACAAAGAAAGCGUCGAAAGGUAUUUAGAAGAACUAAUUGUACGUCGAGAGCUUUCCGACAACUAUUGUUUUUACAAUGAAAAUUACGACAAUAUUGAAGGCGCUGACAAAUGGGCCAGGACAACGUUGGACAUCCACCGUAAAGACAAGAGAGAAUAUAUUUACACGAAAGAACAGUUUGCGCAAGCUAAGACACACGACGAAAUUUGGAAUGCAGCUCAAGUUCAGGUUAUAAACGAAGGAAGAAUGCACGGAUACAUUCGAAUGUAUUGGUGUAAAAAAAUCCUGGAAUGGACCAAGAGUCCUGAAGAAGCAAUAGAAAUUGGUCUCCAUUUGAACGACACCUUCGCAUUGGACGGAAAUAAUCCAAACGGAUUUGUUGGUGUAAUGUGGUCAAUUUGUGGAGUCCAUGAUCAUGGCUGGACUGAACGACCGAUAUUUGGAAAAAUUCGGUUUAUGGUGUUUUGGAGCAUGAGAAAAAAAUUCGACGCCGAUGCGUUUUGUGAGCAGUACGGAAGAAGAAUUGAUAACGCCACAGCACCCAAAGCUAAAAAACAAUCAGUUUCUAAUAUCAAGCAAACAUAUCUGAAUAAAAAGCAAUCAACGAAAAGCCAUUCUGAAUCAGACAAUGAAGAGAAAGUGCAAGAAAAGAAGUCCAGACCAAGGAGAAAUAAAAAUGAAACUUCUCGCCUGCAACCAAAAAAGAAAACUAAACUAAAAUAGAAAAUAUUU